AUGCACUUCCUCCUCCCAACAACACUCCUGCUCACCCUCUCCCUCGCCGCCCCGACCCCCACCGGCUGGAUCCCCGGCGCAUACUGCAACCUGACCUACUUCGGCAACGGCGGCGUUUGGAUCGCACGGAUCGACCAGCCAUUCAACGACGGAGCCGGCUGCAAAGCCGUCAAGGCAACUCUGAAGAAGUCCAUCAAGCUCUCCAACAAGUGGUCCUGCACGGACGAUGGCGCUGGCAUGACAAGACUCAAGUUCGCCACGAACUUCAAGAAUGACAAGGUGAAUCACGCGCUGAAGGAGGCGUAUCCGAUGUAUGAUUUCGUCGGGGGAAAUGUCUGUGCGCCUUAUGCACCGACGUCAGGAUUUUAA